UUUCAGCAGAAGAUAACGUGGCCCCUCCUCUGCACUGUAUCUGUGGCAGUGAUCGGAUCCCUCCAGUUUGGGUACAAUACAGGCGUCAUCAAUGCUCCUGAGAAGAUUAUCAGGGGCUUUUUCAAUGACACAUGGAUAAGCCGGACGGGACACCCCAUCUCAGAUAAUCUCCUGACCACACUAUGGUCCCUUUCGGUUUCCAUCUUCUCAGUUGGAGGGAUGAUCGGCUCUUUCUCAGUUGGAUUAUUUGUCAACCGAUUUGGCAGGCGGAAUUCAAUGCUGCUGGUGAACGUUCUGGCCAUUGUGGGUGGCGUCUUGAUGGGCUUGUCCAGGCUGGCCAACGCGGUGGAGAUGAUGAUUAUUGGGCGCUUCGUCAUUGGUGUCUUCUGUGGCCUCUGCACUGGCUUUGUGCCCAUGUAUAUCAGUGAAGUCUCCCCUACUGCCUUGCGUGGGGCUUUUGGCACCCUGCACCAGCUGGGCAUUGUGGUGGGCAUCCUGGUGGCCCAGAUCUUUGGUCUGAAUGUCAUCAUGGGCACCGAAACGCUCUGGCCGCUCUUGCUGGGAUUCACCGUGGUCCCAGCCCUCCUGCAGUGCGUGGCCCUCCCCUUUUGCCCCAAGAGCCCCCGCUUCCUGCUGAUCAACAAGAUGGAGGAAGAGAAGGCUGUCGCAGUGCUCCAGAAGCUGCGCGGCGUCCAGGAUGUGUCCAGCGACAUCCAGGAGAUGAAGGAGGAGAGCGCCAAGAUGUCCCAGGAGAAGAAAGUGACCAUCCUAGAACUCUUCCGCUCCCCCAACUACCGCCAGCCCAUCAUCAUCGCCAUCGCCUUGCAACUCUCGCAGCAGCUCUCAGGCAUCAACGCGGUAUUUUAUUAUUCCACUGAGAUUUUCAGAGAUGCCGGAGUGGAGGAACCGGUUUAUGCCACCAUUGGGGCCGGCGUGGUCAAUACCGUCUUUACUGUGGUGUCGCUCUUCCUUGUGGAGCGGGCAGGACGUCGGACCCUCCAUUUAAUCGGCUUAGGAGGCAUGGCAGGCUGCGCAACCAUCAUGACCAUCGCCUUGGCGCUAAAGAACACAGUGGCUUGGAUGAGCUACAUCAGCAUCAUUGGUACUUUUGCCUUUGUGGCUUUCUUUGAAAUUGGGCCUGGCCCAAUCCCGUGGUUCAUUGUGUCGGAACUCUUCAGCCAGGGUCCUCGUCCCGCAGCUGUGGCUGUGGCUGGUUUCUCCAACUGGGCAUCCAACUUCUUGGUGGGCAUGCUCUUCCUCCCUGCAGAGCGCAUAUUCCGGUCUUUUGUUUUCCUGAUCUUCGUUGCCUUCCUUAUCUUCUUCUUCUUCUUCACCUUCUUCAAAGUCCCUGAGACAAAAGGCAGGACUUUUGAAGACAUCUCCAGUGGCUUUGAAAGGCAAACGGUGAAUGGUGUUACUUCAGCAACUGGCGGAAAGAGCUCAAUGGUGGAAUUAACUAGCGUUCAGCCUACGAAAGAUGCCAGCGUUUAAUACCCCAACCCUUGCUCGUCUCUGAAAGGCACCUUCCCUGUGUAACCGUUGCUGUUUUUUCGUGUUCCUGUGACUUUCUGGUCUUUGCCACGCCUUCUGUGCUGCACUAGGACAAGCGAAAGGCGGCUGUCUUUCCUGCCUCGCUCCUUCCUGCCACGGACCUCUGGGGGACCGAGGCAUGGCUCCGAGCCCCUUGAACCACUACGGGGAGGCUAAACCGCUUACGUGGUUGAUCCCCCUUAGCUUUGAGACCAGUUCCUUGUCUGCCAAGGAGUCGACCGCUACGUCCUCCUGAUGUUUUAUCAUGUUUUCUACAGGGUGGCAAAAAGAGAGUGCAAAACACUGGAAUUUACUUUAAAGCAAGGGAAAGAGACACCUUGCUCAAUGUCAUCAAAUGGGGGUUUUCUUCUGUGUUUGGGAAAUUAAGAUCAGAACUGCCUUUUAUUUACUAGGCUUAAUUUAUUCCUGUGACACUUUGCUUGGAAAUAUUUAUUUUUAUGCAACACUCCUCUCCUCUGUACAUAGGGAAUAGAAAUAAGUGCAAGACAGUCAUUUUAAGAAAGGGUGAUGCAGUGACUGUAGGUUAGUUAUCGCGAUGGGCAGCGGGAUGCCAAAGAGAACCAGGGCAGAGGAUGCCUCUCUCGAGCUGAGAGCGCGCAAGGGGAGGCUCCUGUGCGACUCAGGAUAUUCAACUCGUAUGCUGGAUGCCUGCCAUAAGGACGAUUUGAACAUUGGGAUGUUAAAGGCACCAGCGAUGGAAAUGUCAGCAGAGCGCUGAAGCCUUGCCAGUCUGGUUGAAACCUGCUGGGUGGAGGGGAAGGAGCCUUGGGGUUUGCACCCCCUUCCAUGACACCUUCCUUCUCCCUGACGCUGAUGCAAGGGGAGGGAUCUGGAUUCUCUGCCCAGAGAGACUUGUCUGUGGCAUCGAGGAGGCUCCCGGAUGGUCUCUGAGAGAAUGGCAGAGGCUGUGGCUCGGGUGCCUUCUGGGGCUGCAAGUGGGCAGCCACCAUCAUCGUUCCCACCUGCAGGUUUCGGACUGCAGUGGUCUUUGCAAACACAACUGAAUUCCCAAUGGGCGCAAAGAGGUUUGAGCAGAAUGCAGGGGCAGGACCCCAUUUUGGCGCCAGCCCCAUUUGGGCACCAACUGGGAGGAGCGGGAAGGUGGCCGUGCUGAUCCUGGUCUUCUCCGUGGUCCCCCUGCAUUCAGUUUCUCCCUAAAGUGGGUGAACUUUCCCAUUUAAAUGGCAUGUUGAAAAGGGUGGAAUUUUGAUGGUGCAGUUGCGGCUGCCAUCUUGACUUUUUUGACUCCUCGGACAUCCCUGGUGUAAUCAUUUGUCUUUUAAAGAAGCCUGUAUAGGGUAUUUUAAUUCCCCAGAUGCUUUUGACCUAUUGCUUUUGGUGACUGAUUUAAUUUGCUCCUUUUUAAUACAUUACAUGAAAAACUUCAGAUAUUAUUUACUAAAGUAUAUUUUUGCAAUCAUUUAUUAUUAGAUGAAAGCAAGGGGGAAACUCUGAAGAAUAGGCAGGUAAGAUGAGGGAGCUUAGAAAUAGGGACCAAAUAAAGAAGUAAACCUCUAGUUUUUCCUGAGGUGGUAUGAUCUAUUUAUUUAUUGGAAAGAAUGUAAAUAGUUGAAGUCUAGCUCUACUGUAUAUAUUUAUAUAAUGCAAAGAGAGUUUGCUCAGUGUUCUUUAUAUUGCCAGUGUCUAAGUCUUGGGGUAGUGGAAGAAAUGGGAAUUUCUGGGUGGCAUACGCCUGCCGGGGAGAUCCAAGGUGGGCGGAGGCAGGCGUCCAGAAUCUCCUGCCCUUCAGCCGGCAGCCGGCCAGCCCUGGC